GACUUAAAUCGACAAUUCUACCUUUUUUGUUGUUCCAUCAAAUCUAACGAUGGCAUCCCUACAAAAACUGUCACGACAAGCCAGAGAUAUAUUUCGCUUGUUUUUCAAGGACAGAAAUAUGAACAAAGAUAAUCUGAAAUCUCUACAAGAAACUAUGUCAAACAUUCGAGCUUCUGAUCUGAACAUCGACGCCAGCCGAGCUGUGAUAGAACAAAAGAGACUGCCACCAAAUCCAGCUGCUUUUGAGACGGCAGCUGGGGGAGACUCUCCCCACCGCGCCCCGGUAGGAUACAUGCACAUCUUCGAGGAUGGUGUUAUGACAAUGGGCGUGUUCAUCAUACGGGAUGGGUGUCGCAUCCCUCUGCAUAAUCACCCCGGAAUGUAUGGCCUCCUCAAAGUGCUCUAUGGUGAUAUAUCCGUUAGGACAUUCAACACCAUCACCGAGGACUGGACUAAAUUUCCAAUGCCCAAGUUUGAGGGCUUUCCGGAAAACGAGCCUCCGAGAAAGCAUUUGUUGGUUCCUACCCGACUGGGAACCGAUCAGCGCUUCACACCAUCUUCGGAAGCGGUGCUGCUAACCCCAAGAGAAGGGAACUACCACAGCUUAGAAUCAGUGGGUGGACCUGCAGCUUUUCUAGACAUACUCUCGCCUCCCUACGACCCGGUCAUUGGAAGAGACUGCUACUAUUUCAAAGAAUUGAAAUCUUUGCAAUCCUUUUCAGACUCUGAUCCUGAUUGGUUGAUGUCCAUCUCUCAGCCCCCUGACUUCUGGUGUGACGAAGUAGAAUAUCCUGGACCAGAAGUAUCGAUACCAUCAUGAAAACCACUUCAAAACUUUGUGUUUCAUUAUUAACUGGAGUGCAUUUAUCGACCUGAAAUCAUGUUUAUUUUAUUGUGAUUGUUACAUUUAACAUGUAAGAAAUGUAAAUGUAUAG